UAUAUAUAUAUAUAUAUAUAUAUAUAUAUUUGCUGCAUAAACCAAUCUUAAAAAUCUGUCUCUGUGAUGCGAGGAAGAAAGCAUUAUUAAUAUUAUCGCAAUGCCGGAGUUGAAUUUUCAGGAGCAGAGCUCGUCGAGAUCGGGCUUCAGACCCCGUGACGCUAGCCCCGACUCUGUCAUCUUCACGCUCGAGUCAAACUUAAGCCUCUUCUCUUCAGCGUCUGCCAGCGUUGACCGCUGCUCCUUCGCUUCCGACGCUCACGACCACGACUCCAUCGUCUCCGAGAUCUCUCUGCAUCUUGCAGGGAAUGAUACUGAGCAGCAAGAGUGUUCGACUGGUCCAGAUCUAGAUCCAAACAAACCCACUAUACAGAUCCAUAAGUAUAGAAAAGGAGAAAAAGUUAGAGUUCAUAGAGAUGACAGUGAUGCUGAUAUAGCUCUUGAUUCAGCUAGAAGUUCCUUUUCCCUCGCCCUCAAAGAGUGUCAGGAACGGAGAUCCAGAUCUGAAAUUUUAGCUAAGAAGUUAGACAGGCGAAGACCCGCUUCUUUGGAUUUGAACAAUGCCAUUGCUUCCUCACCUCGAUUGGGAACCAUCAAGAAGGCCUCCUUAACUUCUCGCCGCUCAGGUAAUUUCCCCAGUCCUGGGACGCCGAACUACAGGCACCUGAGUGUUGGAAUGCAGAAGGGUUGGAGCUCUGAACGAGUGCCGUCUCAUUCUAAUGGUGGGCGUAAGCAUAUGAGUGCUUUGUUGGUACCUUUUAAUAAUGGAAAGACCUUGCCUUCAAAAUGGGAGGAUGCUGAAAGAUGGAUUUUCAGUCCGGUUUCUGGUGAUGGAGCGCUGAGGUCUUCGUUUCAGCAGCCACAGAGGAGGCCAAAAUCAAAGAGUGGUCCGCUUGGGCCUCCUGGGAUUGCAUACUAUUCAUUAUACUCGCCAGCAAUACCGAUGUUUGAAGGUGGUAAUGUAGGCAAUUUUAUGGCUUCUUCUCCUUUCUCAGCUGGUGUUAUUGCUCCAGAUGGACUUGCAAUCCGCCCCAAUGGCUAUGGUGGAGCCUUUCCUGCACGAACAGAGCCUUGCUUGGCUCGGUCAGUUAGUGUCCAUGGGUGUUCUGAGAUGCUGAGCCAGUCAUCAAUGCCUGUUGUUGAAGAUGAAAAUCAAGAUGGGAUCAAAGAUUCAGCAGCCAAUGUAUCUCGUGCGGUUUCAAGAAGGGAUAUGGCUACACAAAUGAGCCCGGAGGGUAGCACCCAUUCAUCUCCUAAAGCAGGGAUUUCGUUCUCCAACUCCAAUCCCUCAAUCCUGCCUAUCGUGGAGUUGGAGAGUGCUCCUUCUUGUAAGUCGGAAGUCAGGGAUGUGCAGGUGGAUGAACGGGUUAUCAUGACUAGAUGGUCCAAGAAACAUAGAGCACGAUUUUCCGGGAAGGGUUCUGAAAUUUUUGAGAACUGGAAAAAGAAAGAUGGAGAUGCUCGAUCUCCAGCUUGGGAUCUCUCUGACACAACAAGGAGCAUAUCAAAAGUUAAAAGAGAGGAAGCUAAAAUUACAGCAUGGGAGAACCUGCAGAAGGCAAAAGCUGAGGCUGCAAUACGGAAGCUAGAGAUGAAGCUAGAAAAAAAAAGGUCGUCAUCUAUGGACAAGAUAAUGAAAAAGUUGAAAUCAGCUCAGAAGAGAGCUCGAGAUAUGAGAAACUCCGUUUCAACCAACCAAGCUCAUCAAGUUUCCAGGAGUAACCAUAAAGUUGUAUCCUUUCAUAGAACUCGACAAAUGAGUUCUUUGAGUGGUUGUUUUACUUGCCAUGCUUUCUAAAUUACUUAUUCAGGUUUAUGUUCCUCCACUUGACCUACAUUGCCAGGUAGCUCAUCUCUCCACUUCAAAAACAUCCCUUCUUGCUCUUAUCUUAUGCUGAUGAAAAAGGGCAUUCUUUUCUUGUUAUGAUAAAGAGAACAGUCGAGAGCGAGUAUGAAAGAUAUAUAUAGCAGUGAGCAACUAGAAUUUUGACACUAAAUCAGUGUCGAUACAGAUUUUUGGAUGGCCAGUAUCAGUAGCUCCACAACUCGCAGAUACAAGGAAUUGAAGACUCAAAUGGCGAUUCUGAAGUUUCAGUGAUAAAUAAUGAAUGCAUAUAUGUAUGUAAAAAGGUUGUAUACCUUUUUGAGUUAUUUUCAAACAGUUUGCAUUCGUUUAGAAAUUGAAGAUAUAUAUGGUCAAGUGGCUUAUUAAUCACAAAAACGAUAAUUACUAGUCGAUUUAUUUCCAACUGAGGGCGUUUUUUGAUUAUAUGAUAAAUGUUCACUAAUUUGAA